AUGCAAGGACAAGCACUGGCUUUGGAGCUGGAAGAGACAAUCAAUGACAUCCCAGAGGACAACCAGAACACAGGAAACCGAGACAACAACUCGAAGGAAGACAAAGAUAGCUACCUCUGGCAUGAGAGGUUCAGACACCCAGGACGAGAUAAGACAAGGCAAAUCCAGGCACACUACCUCGGCACUGAUGAGAGAAUGGAGCAUGAAUCAAAGCACUGCAACGCAUGCAGUCAAGGAAAACAGACCCGAGCAUGGAUGAGCCAAUUGGAGUGGAAGAGAGCAGAGGCACCACUAGAGUUAGUACAUGUAGACUUGAUGACAGAUCUUAAGGGCCAUGCCAACUACCACUAUGCACUAGUUGCUGUGGAUGACUUCUCCUCCCUGAUCUACAUGGAACCACUCUGCACUAAGAGUGCUGCACUCCCGGCGCUGAGAAGUGACAAUGGAGGAGAGUGGUGCAGCUUAGGAGCUGAAGACUGGCAAACUCAAGAGGGUUUCAAGUGGCAAAAGAGUGUCCCAGGGAUCAGUGUCCAGAAUGGACGGGCAGAGAGAGUGAUCAGAUCGGUCCAAGAAAAGAUGCGCUCAAUGCUCAUUGCCACCAAAACCAUUCCCCACGAGGCCUUUUAUGGAACCACUGCACACAAGCUGGCCCAACAGCUGCGAGUUUUCAGGUGCCUGGCAUGGGUCCAUGUUCAAUGGAAGGAUCAGCAGGGCAAGUAUGGGACUAGAGCAAAGCCAGCCAUCAUGAUUGGAUACAAUGACAAGCACAAAGCAUGGAAGUUUUGCAACCCAGACCAGCCUGCAUCAAUUCAAUGGAGCAACUCAGCAACAUUCCAUGAGGACAAAGGAUGGAGUGAUUGCCAACAGGAGGCAGUCUGGCCCGUGGUGACCACGGAGGUCGAGGAGGAGGGUGUCAUGGGCCUGGAUGCUCAAGAAGCAGGGGGGUCACGGGUUCAUAUGGAAGGAGCACAGGUAUCGAAGAUCUAG